AUGGACCAGGUAACGUUUUCUCUUUUGCACCGGCGACUGGUGUCCAUUGGGUUUGACGGGUGGGACGCCGUGUGCGAGGAGGACGUGUACAGAGGGGACCCGCACUGCUACGCAGGGUUUAUGCGUAGCAUUCUUGCAGCGUUUCCACACGCCACAGCUGCAUUGCUGCACAAAUACCCCUGGCUCUGCGUGGAGGGCGAUGAUGGGGCUCUCGCACACUCUGUCUUGCGUGUGCUGAUGCAGGAAUAUGGCCGUAAGCCUUCCAUAACGGCUAUGCAGUUUAGAGCGACGAAAUAUGCCUCCGCGAAGAUUAAAACAUGCAUAGAGUUGUUUGACCUCCUGAGCAGGAUGACUGCCCGUGGAAGGAGAGCGGAGUGCUCCCGUGCUGCCAAUAAGAAGGAGAGCAUUGCGGAGAUGGAUUCUUCCCGUCUGUCGAGCUGUGACUCCACAGCACUUCUUCUGGAAGCACAGCUACAUAGCCUUGAUGAGCGAAAGAGGGCGCUUAAUCGACUUUCUCGUGUGUGA